UGACUUAUUUAUAGAUGAUUUCCUUAUAGGUGCUGGUACUAUACAAUAAAAAAGAUUAAAAAGAUGAGAAAUCCUUCACCACCUCCUUUGACCAAGGAGGAAAAAGAAGUGAUAGAGGCAGAUUACAUUGGUGAAACUUUGUUUAGCAAAAGGUUUGUCCUUUCAAUGCUUGUCAAACUUUACAAAUUAGAGGCUGACAUAUACAAGGUGGAAGAGAAUGACAGUGAAAAAGAUGACAGUAACGAUGCAUCAUGUGAAGUUUUGUCUGAUCCUUUUGAGCAUGAUAUUUGUGAAUUGUGGGAUAUGACCGCUAAUGCUGACGUUGCACGAUUUCUAUAUGAUAACGAUGGAAUGGAUAUUAUAUUUCGUGUUCUGGAAAAGACUUCGUCACCGCGUUUGAUGGAAAUCACAUUCGGUAUACUAGGUAAUAUGACAUGCAUUGACAAAAUCUGUGUUAGUUUUAGCUCAAACGAGGUGCUAAGAAAGGCAUUUCUGAAUUACUUUAGCAUCAAAGAUGCAUUAAGUUUGGUGGAACUUACUCGCUGCUUGAUUACGUGCCUGUCCAACCAAGACUGUACAUCUCUGUGGUUAGAAGACAUCACAGAGCACUUUGAAGCGUUGAAAUACAUUUUAAGGAAUUCCUUAGAGGGAGUAUUAGUAGAUCAUGCUGUAACGAUAAUUGACAUUGUAUUUGAUGCUAAUGAGGAUAUCAUAGAAACGUAUUGCGAUAGAGACUUUUUAAACGUUUUAAAGGAAUCAUACGGCGUCUUGUUCAGCGAGCGCAAAGGCGACACAAUAUCCAACUUAGUUCAUGUUUUCCAACUCGUAUCAACUUCAAAUAAAGGCGUUAUUGAAUUAACAGAGGAUAUAUCUAUAGCAGAAUUUCUUUGUCAGAGCAUGUAUGACCAUCGAAAAGGUUGGUAUGUGAUUGAUAAUCAGACUCAGUAUUAUUCUUCCAUAUAUUCCGUGCUCAAUUCUGUCCUUUCGGUUCUUCCAGAGAAGACGUUGGAUCUUAUUGAGGAUAAUACACUUGUAGUGGAGGUUUUGAUAAAAGAACUUUUGCGCAAAACUAGCCUGGAUUUUUUAAAGGAAGACGUGUAUAUACCAGUCUAUUUGGAUUUCUUUAAAGAUCUUACGUACAAUUUUACUAGUAAAAAAUUUAAAGAGAUUUUGAAACAGUUUGUUGACAGUAAAAAGGAUAUAAGUGAAAUUUGCAAUAAUGUUCGUUCGAGUUCUGAAGCACCAAAGGAGUGGACAGAUAUUGUUGAUAGCAUAGAGACUAUAUUGAAAACAUGCGAUGUAAUUUCGUAAGAAUAUUUUAUAUAGACUAUAGUAUAUACCGAUUACUUUUUGACGCGGCCAAAAUUUAGUAAGGCUAAGUUUCGCUAGCAUCUAGCAAAUAUAAACUUUCACGAAUUAGUCAAUAAAAUAUUUUGCAAACAUAAAGAAUUGAUAAAGUUGGAAAAUUUUGUGAGCAUAAUUAUCGCGUCUAAAAAUUUUUACGCAUUAAACAUCAAAAUGUAUUUUUUAUUAUAAAGCAUGAACUUAAAACAGAGGUUGAUUGGAAUAAUAAAAGGAGAAAUAUUUUUGAUAUUUUUUUGCGGGAACAUUACCUUUUGCGAAUUAAAGGGGGCGAACUUUUACGUUCGUAAACUUUCGCCAAUCAAUACUCUUGGCGAAAGUUUACACUUAAAAUUCAGAAAAAGAAUUUAUAAGAGAAUUAACGAUGUAAAGCAAUAUUUUAUCGGUAUAACGAAAAAUGUUUUUGAAUCAUAAGCACAAGAACUUGUAAAAUCGAUUGUUUUUGUUUUGUUUUCGUUGCUAACUACUUUCAAUUAAAAUAUUUACAACAAA